UUUCAUCUGCCAAAAUCAAGCAAGUGAAAAAAUAAAAAUUAAUUGAAGAACUUGAAACUGAACUUGAAGAACUGUUGAAAUGAAAAAAAUUGCUAUAAAUUGCAACACAUCAAGUUUAACCAGGGAUUUUCAAAAACGCGUACCGAUCGAGCAGCGAGGGCAAUCCUACAAGAAAUGGAUCCACGAUGGAUUAAAAGGAGUCUCCCAUGAUGUCCAUUUUACGCACAGGGCCGCCAUCCUACAGCAAACGGCCGAGUACAUCUACGCCCUGGAGCAAGAGAAGACCCGGCUGCUGUCCCAAAAUUGCCAACUGAAGCGGCUGCUGGACCAGCAGGAACACAGCGGGGAUCUGCAGCAGGCCUCCAGCACCCAGACGACCCAGAUCAUACCGGGAAGUACGGUCCUGGCGACGACAAUUACCAACAGCCAACAGGUGGCCACCGUAGCCAAGAAGCGUAAGAUCGAUACGAUCAUGUCAGUCCCAGCAGUUUCGGACUCUUCGGACGAAGGACUCGGUUCGAUGUCCCCGGAACCCGUUAGCUUGAUGCAGGUGGUCAACAGUGCGAACGGCCAAACGAUCGUUACGACAACGAGUAGCGUCAACGGAAGGCCUGGUCCCGCCACGAUCAAUGUUUCCGCCAAGGAUUUCCUCGAUUUGAAACACCAGCUGGACAUCGAAAGACGACAGAAGGCGGUCUACGAGGAGCGAUUGAAAGCGUUAGAGCGGCAAAUCUACCCAGCACGAGUGAUCUACCCAGAUCAACCCGAUUCAGCGAUGGUUGAUUCAAGUGAACCGCUCGAAGAAAUCACCGUAUCUGCUAUUCAGAAACCCGCUACCAAGGUUAUCCGGGAGGUUGAAAGUGUUCAAUUGAUUGCGCUCGAUACUGCUGGCAAGAAACCUCAGCUCGUCGUUUGCACACCAACAACCGAGGUGAUCGAGGAGACGAUCAUUCAACCAUCGGCCAUCGUGAGCAAGUCCGCGAUAAUCCCAAUUCCGAUCAAGGAGGAAAAGCCUUUCGUUAAACGAUCCCGGUCGCGAUCGCCAACGAUCGAAACCACUACAACCACUACGGUUGUAACGCUGCCGCCGAAAAAGAAUCGCUAUCCAACAAUCCUGGAGGCGGCUAUCAAAGCCGAGCCGAAGGUCGAAGUCGAACGCAUAGAUUCCCCCUCGUCGAUUGUGGUCAGCGAUGAUCAUCUAACUCGGCUAACCAGCAACAAUUUAGUGGUAACAUCCCAGCGGCAGCAGCAUACCGAUGCUUCCCGGAUCAACACCUGCCGACAUAAUCUGGAAACCAUCGUUGAAGCCAUCCGACAUCUGGAAGGAGAUGCGUUCGAUUCCGUUACCCCUGUCCACCAGCAGCAGCAACUGGCAAUUGUCCGACCGGCGGUUCAAGAGGUUCCCUUGGCCCUGACCACCAGCAGUAAGCAACAACAGCAACAGAAAGAACGCGAUCAUCGCCAAAGUCAACUGGAACCGUUCCUGAAGUUCCGAACAACAGGUUCUUCGAGCGCAUCAUCCUCUACCUCCAACCCUUCCUCGAGCAGCAACCCCACAUCCGGCGUAGUAAGUGCGAGUGGCAGCAGCAGCAGUAGUUCGUCGUCAACCUUGGUAUCACUUUCGAUCACCCCGGCAUCAGCGAUCGCUGGAAGCGGCAGUCCUAGCCACCACGCGUCGACGAUCACUUUAAACACCCCGCAGCAACAGCAGCAUCACACCACUAACAGCAGCAGCAGCAGCAGCAACAUUGUAACGUCACAGAUCCUUCAGCAGCAGCAAUGCCGACCAGGUGUGAUCGUCGUUAAGCAAAACUCAUGAUCAGUUUCCGCAACUAACAGCAACAAUAACCUAUCGUCAUCGUCAACGUCGUCACUCGGUCAACAACAACAACAACAGGCACCAGUAGUGGGAUCGAUUGUCAUCAACAGUGGUCUCGGAGCCGGUAGUAAACCGGUCAAGAUCGGCAACGUGGUCCUGACCGGAACCGGCGAUUUCGACGGGACCCCGAACGUGAUCAUCAAGUACCAUCAUCCUCAACCUCAGGUGGCGGCGUCGGCGGAAGAAAAACCACCUCAGCCCGUCCUCGGUUCCAGAUAAGACCGGGACGCUACUGACUGGUGGUGAUAGGGAGGCAUUAGGCAUUAGUAGUAGCAGAUCGCGAUUGCGAUCGCGAAUGACCGACCGACGAUUAUUAUUUUUUGUUAAGUUGUUUCUUUGUAUAGGUGUGUAGUAGAUUGACUUUAUCGGCCCUCCCUCUCGUUUAAUCAGUCGCUUCCACCGGGACCACCUUGGCCCGCUUGAACAGGUUCCCGAUAUAGAAGACAGAAAAAGUAUCGUAUUUUGAACCAACCCCACCACCCAGAACAAAACCCCGGACAUCCUCCAGAAGACCUUCGCAAAAACAAGUGAUUUUAUAGCAAUCUUUAUAUUAUUAUUUUUUCUAUCUUCAUAUAUCAAAAACAACAAUUAACACAUAGAAACACAGGCUCCACGUGGGACAUUUAUAGUUUUAUCUUUAUCGCAUAGAAUAGUGGCUAAGUUCAAACAGACGACUCUUAUUUUUUGUUUUCGUUUUGGAAAACACUCGAGAGAACGUUUCCUCAAGUAUAACAACAACAGAAAGAAAAACUAAGUAAGUAAGGAAAAAAAAACCCCAACUAAACUGAACAAAAGCCGGGACAGAAUUGAUAGUUUUAAUAUCAAGUUUAUUAGACCUGUUACCUCCUGUUUUUUUGCUAAGAUUUUUUUUACAAAUUUAAUUUUUAGUUUUUCUGUUAAAGAAGAAACAGAUAGAUUGAUAAAAAAAAAACAAAAUUCACAGAUUCCGGUAUUGUCAAACAUGAGUACACCAUUAAUAAGACAAGAAAAAAACCUGAUCAUUAUUCACAAGAACAUCUAUCUAACAAUAGUUACUGUUAGGAAGAAAAAGGAACACGAUAAAGUGCGUGAGAAUUUGUAACCCUCGUUUCACCGCAGCGCAAUAGUUAAGAAAAAAAAUGUAAUGUUAGACGAGCAAAGUCGGCUUCUUAUAAGAACUCAAAAUAGGAAAAACGAAACCAAUAACAUCAUCUGACUGGAACAGCUAGAAGAAAAAAAAACAUUAGUAUUGCAAUUUUUCAUUUAUAUUCAGACGGAAGAAUACCAAUCAAAAAGGAUUAUUUUCGGAAGAUUUAAGAAAAGUUUUCAUAUCAGAACAUUUCGAGAAGAACGAAACUUAACUUUCAACGCUUAACUGUUGCUUGUUAACACAAUUGGCUCUCUACUCCAUAUCUGAACUCUUAAAUCCUGAGACGAAUUUCAAUUUAAUGAUCCUUGAUUUUUGAUUCUUGAUUCUUGAUUCUUGAUUCUUGAUUCUUGAAUCUUGAAUCUUGAAUCUUGAUUCUUGAUUCUUGAUUCUUGAUUCUUGAUUCUUGAUUCUUGAUUCUUUAUUAUUGAUGCUUAAUUUCUGAAUAUCAA